GAGAGGAGUAGACACCCUGCUUCAGCUGCAGAAGAGAUAAAUAAUUUUUAUUUAUUUUUAUAAAAUUGAGGGCCUGCAUAACACUUCAUUUGGAGGAACAAAGCAGCUAUUCUUUGUUGCUUUAAAAGGCUUAACAACCACCAGGAAUAUGAAUAAUAUCUAUAUCUACAUCUCUCUGUAUAUCUAAAAAGACAGUUAAGUUGGGGUAGUUUUCUUUUCUUUUUUUUUUUCUUUUAAGAGACAGGGUCUCACUCUGUGCUCAGGCUGGAAUGCGGCGACAUGAUUAUAGUUCAUUGUGGCCUCGAACUCCUAGGCUCAUGUGAUCCUCCUCCUGCCUCAGCCUCCCAGAUAGCUGGGACCACAGGUGUGUGCCACCGUGCCAGGCUAAUUUUGUUUUGUUUUGUUUUGUUUUGUAGAGAUGGCUGGGGGAGGGGGAAGGUGUUGCUUUGUUGCCCAGGCUGGUGUCUAAUUCCUGGCUUCAAGCGAUCCUCCUGCCUUGGCUUCCCAAAGUGCUGAAAUUCUAGGUGUCAGCUACCACGCCUGGCACGAAAAGGGAGGGGGACAGUUUUGAAGGGCCAUUAAGUGUCAAACUUGCUGAAGUAUUUAACAGAUCCAUUGCCUAGUGGAAAGAACACUGGCACUGAGGUUGAGGCUUUGUUUUCAGCCCCAGGUCUGUCCUAACUGUGAACCUUUAAAUAUUCACUUCAGUUUUCUGGGCACUAGCUGUUUGUUUUUGUUUUUAAUAAAUUAAGAGGGUCUAUUGAAUUAAGUGAUUUUCAAAAGUUCUUCCUGCUGUACAAUCCUGUCAGCCAUGACCUUGCUAUCAGGCCUCCCUAGCAGAUGCACACGGAGUGGGUAGCAGGAUCAAAGUUCGAGGAAAAUUAAUGUCGUGGUGUUGUGUGGGUUGAUUGAGAGAGACAGGUUAGGGGCCAGGAUGCUGCCACUGAAGGGUACAAAGGCAACAAGAGUGGAUGCAACAGAGACAGAAGCUUGGGCAUGGACACCAAAGUCACAGAAGUUGAGUUUUCACUAAAGGAGGAAAGAACAUGAAGUUCCCUUGGAAAUCAUUCAAGAGGAAGAUGGAAGGGGCUGUUUAAAAGAGCUUAAAAGCUACAGGCUGUAAGACUGGGGCCUGAGUGCUGGCAGUGGAAAACACUGUUGGGCUGUGCUCUCUCCCUGAAAAGUUCCAGGUGCCUUUUUGCUUCCUGCAAAAGAAAGGAAGCGAAAGAGAAGACCAUGUCCAUAGCCCUGAAGCAGGUAUUCAACAAGGACAAGACCUUCCGGCCCAAGAGGAAAUUUGAACCUGGCACACAGAGGUUUGAGCUGCACAAACGGGCUCAGGCAUCCCUCAACUCAGGUGUGGACCUGAAGGCGGCUGUGCAGCUGCCCAGUGGGGAGGACCAGAAUGACUGGGUGGCGGUACAUGUGGUGGACUUCUUCAAUCGGAUCAACCUCAUCUAUGGCACCAUCUGUGAGUUCUGCACCGAGCGGACCUGCCCUGUGAUGUCAGGGGGCCCCAAAUAUGAGUAUCGGUGGCAGGAUGACCUCAAGUAUAAGAAGCCAACAGCGCUGCCAGCUCCCCAGUACAUGAACCUUCUUAUGGAUUGGAUUGAGGUUCAGAUCAACAAUGAGGAAAUAUUUCCAACAUGCGUGGGUGUUCCCUUCCCGAAGAACUUCCUUCAGAUCUGCAAGAAGAUCCUGUGCCGCCUUUUCCGGGUCUUUGUCCACGUCUAUAUCCACCACUUCGACCGGGUCAUUGUGAUGGGUGCAGAGGCCCAUGUCAACACCUGCUACAAACACUUCUAUUACUUUGUCACAGAGAUGAACCUCAUAGACCGCAAGGAGCUAGAGCCUUUGAAAGAAAUGACGAGCAGGAUGUGUCACUAAUGCUCCACCUCACCCUUUGGAAGAAAGGAAAGCUGUUUCCUCCUGAUGCCCUGAGCGGGCAGGAGGUGGACCACCCUGGCUGAAAUGACACACCUACUCCCAGGAACAGCAGAGGUGGAGGCAAGCAGUGACACCUGAGAGACAUUCCCCACUCACUUUGUGUGCUCUUAACCUUCUGAGUGCUGCUAGCCCAGACCUGCGGUCGAGGCAGACCACAACGUGAAAGAAGGACCAGCCCCUUGACCGUUCUGGCUGGUGAAUUGUCCAUGAGGAAGCCUCUGCACUUCCACGCAUGGCAUAGUUCUGCCUGUGACCUGCCGCCUAAGCUUUACUGGAAUUCAGGUUUUGAGACUGAGAUGCGUGUUUGUAUUUUUCCACUUAUCUGUCUUGUCAGCUGGCCAACUUCUCUGUGAUUGGUUUUCUAAGUGCCGGGUGAAUUUUGGACCUCUGGAUGUGCAGCAAGUUUUUAUGCAAUAAGCCUUCCUUUCAGGUCUCUAAAAGCUCCUGCUCUGAUCUGUGGUUUAACACUGUGCAGGGCUGUGGAGCUCUGAGAGACCUGAACCCCCCCAUCCCCUGCACCUCCCUACUCUCCCUGCCGAGGCAUCCAUAGCAUUUCCCUAAUAAAUAGUUUUAUCAGGGACACUCCACGGGGUGGCUUGUCUCUGCCCCAAACAGGGUCUUCACAUUGUAACUGCAGGGAAGAGACUGGUCACGAGCGUAAAGCUGACAAGUUACCAGUUCACCUGAUCAGAAUGUAUUUUUUAUAACCACCAUCAUUCCUUGUCUCUUCAGUGGAAGAUAUUCUUUCCUGUUUCCCAGAAGAGAGAAAUAAAAGUCCUAAAUGACUAAGAAUGAUCAGCGGGAGCCUUGGGCAUGAUUACUGCAGUGUCUGUUCUUUAUUAAAGACAGGGAGUCGUGGCUGUCUCUACAUAAUACUAACAUUUCAGUGAAAAAAGUACAAUUGGUUAUUUGGUACGUGUAGAUUUAACACCCAGACGGCUGACCUGUAACCCUCCCCACUAGCCUUCUGAGCAUUUAAACCCAGCCGUCAUUCUCUCCCCACUCCACGCUCCCCACUCCUCUGCCAUGUUAUGUUACGGCCCAAAAUUAAUUUCUGCCCCUGUGAUUGUGCCACGGUUGCCAAGGUAACAGUGGAGCUGGAGCUAACUUCCUUCUUUCAUCGUUUCCAAUUUUUCUAUUCCAGAAGACAGUCAGAAUAAUGCAUUCUGUACUACAUCCUGCCUUUUAAAACCUAAAUGAGUUUUCCCUGAUGAAAUGUUGCCUUCUCUGAUUCAUUCUCAAAACUUUGGUGGUUCUGACCACCUGUGACGAGGGGGUCAUAAUACUUCCAGUGAUCCUUUUAAUUCAGCAAAAUAUUUGUUGGUGGAGGGAAGUAGAUAAGAAUGUAUUAGUGUAUUUUAAUGUAAUAAUGAUUAAAGAAUAACUAAAUGAC